AUGCCUCCCAAGGCUGCUACCAACAAGGGCGUCGCGCCCAAGGGCGGCGUCACGAAGAAGACGGCCGCUGCUACCACUGCCGCGACGAAGAAGGCUGCUGCUGCCAAGAAGACCGAGAAGCCUGCCGCGAAGCCUGCUGCGAAGCCCGCUGCGAAGAAGGCGGCUGCCACCAAUGGCGCGACUGCCGCCUCCAAGAAGCGCAAGCUCGAGGAGGACGAGGAGCCCGAGGAGGAGUCCGCCGCUGAGUCCGCCGACGAUAGCAAGCUGAGCAACGCAAAGACAACCAAAGCUACCAAGCCCGCCAAGAAGGCUGCUGCGCCCAAGAAGACCGCUGCUGCCGCAAAGAAGGCUGCUGAGACGGAUGACGAGUCCAAGACCAAGAAGGCCGCCCCAAAGAAGGCUGCCGCGAAGAAGGAAGAUACCAAGAAGACCGCUGCACCCAAGGCGAAGGCUGGUCCCGCCGCUAAGAAGCGCAAGGUCAGCCCCGACGAGACUGAGGACGAGAAGCCCACGGCCAAGAAGGCAAAGGAAGCCGAGUCCACCGAGGUCGACAGCCAGGCCACCGAGUCUGCCAAGUCUGAUGAGGAGACCGAGGUUGUCAAGCCGGUAAAGGCCACCAAGAAGACCGCCACUGCUGCUCCCAAGCCCCAUCCCCACAAGAUUGGCGCCAAGAUCAACUCUGCUCCCACACAGAUCCUCGACAUCUACGUCUUUGGCGAGGGCAGCUCCGGCGAGCUCGGUCUCGGCAGCAAGCACAAGCCCAAGAAGGUUACUGAUGUCAAGCGUCCCCGCCUGAACCCCUUCCUCGAUGCCAAGGAUGUUGGUGUCGUUCAGAUUGCCUGCGGUGGCAUGCAUGCUGCCGCCCUUACCAAGGACAACAAGAUCCUGACAUGGGGUGUCAACGACCAGGGCGCUCUUGGUCGCGAGACCACCUGGGAGGGCGGCGUUCGUGACGUCGAUGACGAGGAAGAUGAGGAGAAUGACGAGGACAGCGGUAUCAACCCCCGCGAGAGCACGCCUACUGCUGUUGACUCUACCCACUUCGCUCCCGAGGCCAAGUUCACCCAGGUCGUUGCUAGUGACAGCGCCACCUUUGCGCUGACUGAGGAUGGCAGAGUCUAUGGCUGGGGUACCUUCAGAUCGAGCGAUGGUAUCCUUGGUUUCACCGAGAAGAUCAGCAUUCAGAUGACCCCAAUGUUCAUUCCUUCUCUUAAGAACAUCACCGCUCUUGCUGCCGGUUCCAACCACAUUCUUGCCCUGGACAAUAAGGGCACCGUCCUCGCAUGGGGUUGCGGUCAGCAGAACCAGCUCGGUCGCCGUGUCAUUGAGCGCAACAAGCUUGCCUCCCUGGUCCCCCAGAGCAUGGGUCUUCCCAAGAACCGCAUCAACCGCAUUGCUUGCGGAUCCUACCACAGCUUCGCCAUGGACAAGGACGGUGUCGUGUGGGCCUGGGGUCUGAACAACUUUGCCGAGACUGGUAUCUCCAGCGGUGCCGGUGAGGACGAUGCUGUCAUCCUCCGCCCGACCAUUGUCGAGUCCCUCAAGGACUACAAGAUUAAGCACAUUGCCGGCGGCGAGCACCACUCUUUGGCCUGCACAGAGAAGGGCCAGCUCCUGACCUGGGGUCGUCUUGAUGGUCACCAGGUUGGCAUUCCCAUCGAGGAGCUUGAUGCCGAGAACGUCAUUAAGGAUGAGAGCCAAAACCCUCGCAUCCUGUCUAAGCCUACCAUCGUUGAGGAUGUCGCGAACUGCGUGUUUGUCGCUGCUGGUGUUGACAACAACAUCGCAGUUGACUCCAAGGGCGUUGCUCACUCAUGGGGCUUCUCCGCCAACUACCAGACUGGCCAGGGUACAACCGAUGACAUCGAGACUCCUACAACGAUUGACAAUAGUGCUGUCAAGGACAAGAAGAUUAUCUUUGCCGGCGCUGGAGGCCAGUACUCCGUUCUUGGCGGUGUCGCCGAUGUUCCCAAGACCAACGGCAUGGUCUUCACCUCGAACGGCCAGCCAGCUACCGGAGGCUUCAGGCCCGUCUUCUGA